CGGAGCCCGAUACGACAUGACUGACGCCUUCGAGCGUGUCGUCACUACACGCUGGUCCGGCUCUGGUGGCGCUGCCGGCCUGGAUCGCCACAUCCCGGUUUUUCAGGACGCCCGCCUCGUUUGCGACGUGGCGUUCCUCCCUGAGGCUGCCCUUAUCGAUCGUUUCUUGGCUAGCCUUCCGCUCGAGUACCGCUCCGAGCUAUGGCGGUACGAGUUCACAUCGGCCCCACAGGCUUACGAGGCCGCUAGGGACCACCAGCCGAUGCGAGCUCGUCUUCACCCCGCCUCCUCCUCCCAGCCCAAGCGCACGGGCGACGCCUCGUCCUCCUCUCACGGCACUUCCCAGCGCCGUUCCCCUUUCCGCGGUCGCCCCCGCCGUUCCACGCAGCAGGGCCGCCACUUCUCGCGCCGCUUCAGCACGCUGGAGUAUGCCACGGUGCAGUGUACACCUGCGCCCUCCUCAGUAGUGGGCUUCCCGACAUCUCCGUCGCAGUUCGCCCCUCUCGCUACUAGACUUGAGGUAUCGCAGGACUCGUUAGAGUGUACUCCGCCCUCUGUYGCAGUACCGUCUGCGCCUCCGCAGACCACCGACUCCCCUCCUUCCCCGCCGCGACUACCGACGCGUCGAGCCAUUCACUCCGCCCGUUGCAGCGAGCAGCUUGCUUCUCGCGAGGACGUUGUGUCCUCUCUUCUGGACUUGAGCAUGCUUCAGGCUCGUCAGGAGCGACUCACCCUCCAUGUCGCUGCACUGCGUCGCCUUCUCGCCAUUCUCUAUGACCCUGAUCGCACCCUCUCGAUCAUCCCCGUACGACUCGGGACCUCCACGAGGGUGUACUCAGCGCUGUUGGAUUCCGGUUCUGAAGGCGACUUCAUUCACCCACGCUUGGUGAAGGAAGCCCGCUUACCCACGACAUGGUCUCCGACUCUCAUCUCCGUUACCCUAGGGGAUGACAAGACCGAGCGCUUCUUCGAUCAGACGGUCACCGACCUCCCCUUCUUCCUCACUCUCGAGCCGACUGAGCGUUCCCCGACGUCUCGUCGCCACCGCUCCUCUGCACAUUUCGAUGUGAUGGAAAUGGGGUACGACUUCAUUCUCGGCACUCCGUGGUCUCGUCGAUUCCGCAGCACCGAGGCCGAUUGGGCGACCAACACUCUCGUUCUCAAAACGAAGUGUGGACAGACGUAUCCGGUACCUUUCAUAGGUACCACGACGACGCCACGCCCCGAUCCUCCUCCCCCGGAGCCUUCAGUGCCCACACCAUCUCCCUCUAUCACUGUCACCUCGCCUCGGCAGUUCGCUCACUUCAUUCGACAGGACGACGUCACCUUCUUUAUGGUGGACUUGACGGAUCUCUUACACUAUGAUCCACCCUGUCCCGACGCCGAGCUCAUCCCUCUGGACCAGAACCCCCCCUCUAUCUCCAUGGCUCCCAUCUCUACUUCCGUCCCUCCGCCGUCCGUCGAGUCCAGCCCGCCGUCGCGCGCUGACGCUCACGCUGAGGAACUCGCAAGAUAUACGGCUGAGUUGGAGCCCGCAGUUCGUGACCUCAUCCGAGAGUACCACGACGUUUUCCCAUCGUCGUUCUCGUACGCCGGCAUCCCACCGAUGCGUGACGUCGAGCACUCCAUUCAGCUCGUGCCUGAAUAUCGUGUUCACCACCAGGCACCCUACAGACUCUCGAUCCCCGAGGCUACCGAACUCAAGCGUCAGCUUGAGGAGCUCCUGAGACUGGGUUUCAUUAAACCCAGCAACUCCCCGUGGGGUGCACCCGUCCUCUUUGCUCGCAAAGCGGAUGGAACUCUUCGUCUCUGCAUCGACUACCGCGGCCUUAACCGCUACACGGACGGCACUGUCGAGUCUCGCUCAGGUGAUUGUCCGAUAGCCUUCUACUCCCGUCAGCUCCUGCCCGCCGAGAUAAACUACACUGCUGAUGAACGUGAGGUUCUCACAGUAGUUUAUGCCGCUCGACAUUGGCGUCACUACCUUAACGGGGCACCAUUCACGGUGCGCACGGACAACUCUGUUGUCCAGGCUUUUCUGACAAAGCCGAAGCUCACUCCUCGACAGGCUCGCUGGUGGCGCGACCUAUCCGAGUUUAGUUUCACCACUGAUCACAUCAAGGGUGAGACUAAUCGGGUCACAGAUGCCCUAUCCCGGCGCCCUGACCACGACCAGGAGCACAUCCAACUCUCUUCCCUCUCGGUCACCACCGUCCACCACUCGGUGAUCGACGAGUUUCGCACUCAGUACCGCCACUGCCCCGACUAUCGCGACAUCCACGCGACCCUUCGGAGUGGCAAGAUCGUCCCGAACUACUCUCUCGGGGACAACGGUCUUGUGUACUGGCACGGUUCACAGGGCACCAGAGAGCCCCGUAUUUGCGUUCCCUCCACUGGACAGCUACGUGUCCGAGCAGUAGCAGAGUUCCAUGACCAGGCAGCUGCCGGUCAUAUGGGCUUCCACAAGACGUUGGCUCGUGUGAGCCGCCUGUACGUCUGGCCGAAKCGCAAGGACUUUGUGAAGKACUACRUYGCAGAGUGUSCCACCURUCAGGAGGUGAACAGUGCGAACCACCUACCUUAUGGUUUGCUCCAGCCUCUUCCUAUCCCUGAGGGUCGUUGGCAGUCCAUCUCGAUGGACUUUAUCGGUCCUCUUCGACCUCCGACCCCCCGCGGUCAUGGUGCUAUCCUGGUCGUCGUCGACCGCUUCACGAAGCGUGCACGCUUUGUUCCGUGCCGCUAUGCCAUCACUGCACGUGAGGUCGCCGACAUUGUAUUUGACCGAGUCGUGCGUGACCACGGCUUACCUCUGAGGAUCAUAUAUGACCGUGACCCUCGCUUUACCAGCCGAUUCUGGCGACGGCUCCACGAGGUGUACGGCACUCAGCUCCGCUUCUCCUCGUCUUACCAUCCUCAGACUGAUGGUCAGACUGAGAUCACGAACAGCACUCUCAGGGAUAUUCUCCGAAAGAUUGUUCGUGACGACCAGCAGUGGGAUCUCCAUCUUGCCCACGCCGAGAUAGCCUACAACCACGCCGUCUCGCCAGCCACGGGGAUGUUGCCUUACUAUUGCGACCUCGGCUAUCACCCGCGUGUUCCCGCGGACUUCCUUCGACCGUCCGAGAUGCACCCCGACACGAGUUGUCCYGCGCUGGAUGAUUGGGUUGCACACAUGACGUCGAUUAUGAAGACCGCACAUGAGCACAUAGCCGCUUCCCAGACUCGCAUGGCAGCACGUGCGAACCGAUCGAGGAUGGAUCACCCAUUCAAGGUCGGUGAUGAUGUGCUUAUCGACGCCCGCCACUUACAAACUCGAAGCGGACACGCUUCGCAAGUUUCGGCGUCGCUUYUUUGGCCCAUGCCGCAUCCUCCAGGCCGUCGGUUCUGAUACGCCAUCUAGCCCGGUCAGCUUUCGUGUGAAGCUGCCCGACUACCUACGCCAGGCUCGUGUGCAUGAUGUCU